GCGGAGACACUUCAGCUUGGAGAGUCGAGUUCAAUUAAUCGGGUGAAGACACGACAAAAAUACAAGGCGGUCUCUCGAGUCCUUCACACCAGACUACCGACGAUAUGCGAGGCUGAAUCAAGUCCGCCAAAAAAAGCUAUGCCCGUCAACUUAAACAAGAAUAGUAUUGGUGGCAUUGCGGUACUUCCUGUGUUGGCUUGAGUUGUACAAACCAGUCGGCGUUUUUUCUAGAGCACCUGCUCUCAGUUGCGAAACCCGACACCAGGGAGAGAAACAGAACAUCGAGAACGAUGCCGACAGAACUACGAUAUUCUGCUGUCGCACAAUGAUCGCGGGAAUAAGCUCAUAUCCAACUGUCCUCAAAAGCACGCUUGCGUCAUGAAAAUGGCCAACCUAUUCAUUUAAAUGGAGUAGCAAUGUGCACUGUGUAUGUGUGCUCUUGUUUUUCCCUGAAUAUACCAACAUAUUCAAAUAGAGAUACAGUGGUUCUUACGACUGCUCGCACGAGGUCGCCUGUGCCUAAAAAGGGCAGCAGGUGACACAGAAUACGAGGCUGCCAGAAAACAGAAGACGUCAUGUUUGAUCUCGUCAACGCGAGGAAACUCAACGGAGUGCUUGAUAAAUCACACAUGAGAAAUCACCUUAGCCCAACUCUUCGUGAUACGAAAACAUGUCUACUACAACAACACGCCCUGAAACAGGCAAUGAAAUAUGCAUUAGUGUAGACGUUUAAUUUCGAAGAUAUCAACAACAAGCAGACAUCAAUUUCCCUUCAGGACGACUUAAAGGUUUUUUUUGCUUUUUGGAGGAGACGGCAACUGCACAUCACGGCCGAACACUCGAUGUUGUCACGACCUUGCACACAUGCUUGAAUGCUGGCCUUUCAUUUCGGUUGCUCUACUCUCAUCGCCGAUCUUUCCCACCCUUGAAAGGCUACGAGCUGAGCAGCACAGAGACUACAUCAAACUUCCUAGGUUCGUCCUGCUUCUCGUGUACCUCCUGUCCUCUCUUUCUUCCCUAAGCUCACUGCGGUCGAAAUGUUUUUGUACACAUCGACCGACGGGGUGCAGCCGGUUUGCUGGGACCCUGAUGUCUGUUAACAGACUGACUGGCAACUCCUGACCAGUGGAACGCACCAGCUUGUUACGUUUCUCUCCAGUGUCUCCGGUACUUCCCGUUUUCUCUAGGUGCGUUCCUCUGGUUCGUGCAUCGCUUCCCUGUUCCACCUCGCAGACAGCGCCAUGUUCAGAAACCGACUGCUGCGAUGCUGACACGCGUCGGGCUGGAUGCCUGUGCCGAAGUGGAGGGUAGGCGUUUUCUCUCUGGGGACGGCAGUUGCUUCGCGGAACAGAGCAGGACAAAUACCCCCAUGCAUCAAGUUCUUCCGAGUUUAAGCGUGUAAGCGUCUCUCCAUUCAACUCGUAUGCAUAUGCAAUUUCCUGGCUGUAACGUGGAUGCGCCACAGGCGAGGUUGCGAUGUCUCCUGACCUGGAGUCAGCGAGAAGUGAUUGCGGCCGCGAAAUCACAGGCUCACCGCAGAAAACCGGCAAACUGGUUGCAUCUUCAGCCCGCCGGAACUUCUUCUUGAUCGCUACAGCCGCGGCGCUGACAGCUAGAACCGUCGUGAUCAUCGUAUAGUCUAGGGAUAGAGCGCUACGUUUGUGUCUCAGAUCCACUGCAGUGGUCCGGUUGUACGGGAAAUGGGAACCAGCGAAAGUGACCGAGGAAGAGCCAGCAUAGAACAGCGGCACCGUCGUCGUUCGUUUUGAUAGUAGGGAAGGAACUGUCCGUGUUUCAGAUAACUCAUUCCCCCAUCCUCAAUGAAGAAGAGACAGCCGCAACCCUUCGCUAGUCUCAAGAUGCCAACAGGAAAAACCCCUUGGUUUCCUCCUACGUUCGCUCGCCGCGACGCAAAAGCUGGAAUGGAAAGCAUCAACGGGGUCCCCACGCAUGCCCGCGAGAAGGCUCCACCCAUAGAUGCGUAAUAGCAGAUGAGUUGCGACAAAGAAGUGCGACACACUAAAGAAAACCGAGAUAAUUAUUCAUCUCGUAGAACUAUCACAAACUGAGUGACACGACGGAUCGGCUAACGGACGGAACGGGAAACAGAUGCGGCACAAGGGAACACGCGUCUUUUUAUGCGAAUGACGGAAAAUUUGCGUCUCUCUUAACACAGAGACAUCAUUUUGAACGCAAGCUGAUAAAAGCAUACAACGGCUAGUAAGCACAUCUUGGCUGCGCCGCGAACGGGGGGAACUUGGCGGUUGGUAAAUACAGGACAAGAGCGUCUAAAACCAACCCUGAAGGCCAUGGGAAUGUAUUUUCAAGAUGUUCAACAGAACGCGAACAAACAGACGUAUCACAAAAAAGUUGUUUUUGCCAAUUUUCAUCGAUCUGAGAAUCCUGCGUGCUCACCCUUCGCCCAGUUUCUCAUCUGGGUUUUGAGGGAACACCGCGAGUGGCAACCACAACCAGCUGGGCUAGCGUGCGCGAUGAAAUCCGCCUACGAAUAACUUCAAAAGUCGCAUCUAUCUUUAGCAAAUUUCUGCCUACAAGGGACAGGUCAUCAUGGGAGAAGCAACCGAGAAAAUCCUGCUAACACACAUGAGCCCUCCUCAAGCAAGUCUCGUAGUCGGUUUGCUUGGUUGCCGGGAUCUAACGACAGACGACGUGUGCCUGCCUUAAGUUACACGGCUCUGCUACUAAGUGUGUUCCUUUAACAUAUGAAGUGCGACGGAACAAACGAGCAAAGUCGACGAAACAAGAGAAAGAGACCCAGUGCGUUUGAAGCCGAGGGAAAUUCCUCGCAGUUUGUCGCGUCUCAGAGAAAAAGCGGCGGGGGGCCGUUUGCGGAAAUGUGUUUCCUGUCUCGUCCACACUACACAGCGCGACUUGCGAGGCGCUCGUCUUGCACGAAAAUUACCAUCGUUCGAGGGCGAUGGAGAUACAGAGAAGUCCUUCUUUCGCAGUUGUUAAGUAGCUGGACCCUUCCGUCUCGGGCUGCGUUUCUCACUGUUUCACACGCUGUUUGCUUUGUCUGGAUUUCUCCCCUUUCAAGGGCCGAUCGCACCUAGAAAAAUACCGGUCAACCGGCUCGCAGCUCCGCUUGACAUCGUCCCUGAAUUUACUACCCUAGAAGGCGCUGAAAGUGACUACACCCAAAACCGGCGGCGUGUUAGAACAUUUAUGUCAUCCAUGGUUAAUCUAGAAUGACUAUCUGAGAGCUGAGCUGACGGGAAAGUAGCGAAAAGAGCAAAAGUGCGCGCGUAGGGCAGCCCGCAAUGCGGAAAUUGGCAGCACAUUUAGAGAAAGUCACCUCGCUUAAAAUCACUCGAGGGACAUGAACAAAGUUUUAUGUGAGCUCAGGAAAUGCAUUCACUUUUGCUUCUCCCCAGCUGCCACCAAAGAGUUUACCAGCGUUUCUUGGUGCGUGUCGACACUCUUUGGUGAGUCGUGAGGCUCAACUUUUCCGCACGCAUCAUCCACUUGUUGCCCGUACUCUAGACCCUUACACAGUUUCCCUUUUUUGAUUUUCUUUCGAGAACUCCACUCAAUUUCGUUCAAUAGAUAUCCACUCCGACAUUCCUUUGGGUUUUCAACAAGUGCUGUGGACUCGCUCCGCUACCUUUCGAUUCGCGCUCGUCCGGUGUGUCCUCAAUCUUUGUGCUCCCGUUUUUUCUUCUUUGCGACUUGCGCAUUCGAGCCAACUUCCGCCGUCUGUUGGACUUUGCAGGAUUUGGUUCCGACGAUCUUGCUUUCUGUCUUCCCCUCUUAUCAGAGAGAUCGACGUUCGUGUGCUGCGGAGGUAAACGUCUUGUGCGCGCCACUGCCCCGAUACUUUCUGCCAUCUUUCCUUUCUCUCUGUUUUCCGUUGUAAGAACCCCUCAGAAGGCAGACAUGCCCCUCUUCCCUGCGUCUUUCGCAAUCCCAGGCUUUUCUUGUCACCAUGGAUUUCUCUGCAGCCGCAAGGGUCUCGCAUUCGCGGCCUGCGGAGUGGGCUGCCGUCCACACCCCAGCAGAAGAACAAGCCAGCGAGUGGGGAACUGAGGCGAGUCUCCUGUCCGAGAAAGCCACCAGCAACUACCUCGGAGAACGCGCCAGUCCUUUCCUCUCAAGCGCCUGUACACACGCGACUUGUUUGCUUUUCGGGGAAUGCUCAUGUUGUACGUGGAGGAGCGGGAACAGGGAAAACGGCGUGAAAGAAGAGACGGAGAUGAGUGGACGACGUGAAGAGAAGUACCGCGGAAACACUACGAGAGGAGAGCUUCGUGGAGACCGCGAUAGCCAUCGAUUGGUUCUCGGCUCUGUAAAACUGUCCAAAGUUUCAGAAGCGGAAAUGGGAGACGUUUCGGAUGCCUCGGAGGGUCCUGAAACUGGUGGGGGGACACUUGUCUCCGGUAGUCUCAGCGAUGCAAGCGAAACGCACGCUUUCCCAGGAAAGCGCGCAAACUCUUUUCCUGCAGAAAACGUUUUUGUACGAGAGCGAAAUGGAGCGAGUGACACACGAGUCGCCUUUGUCUGUCUCCACGCCGCAUCUAUGCAUCCUGCCUCGGUCAGGAAAAAGCUCGAGAGAAGCUCGUGGGAGGAAAAGAAAUCCGAGGAAUGUGGGGACGAGGAAAGAAAGAACAGAAUGGAGACAGAGAGGGACACAGGUUCGAGGGGCCUCAACCCCCCCGAGGAGAUUUUGAAGAUCCGCCCAGAGGACGCGAGGAAGGUGUCACCGGGAGGUGCAGAACGAGGCUCAGGAGAGACGGGGGGGAAGAUUCCCGAUGAUAACAAACGACGAAUGCAAGAAGGUGGACUCGUGAAAGAAGAACAUGAAACGCCAAGUGACGAGACGACUAGAUGCUGCAGCCGAUGCAGCAGCACAGACAGAGAGAGUGCGUCGGAAGACGAGAAAGAAGCGGUGUCGCCAGAAGAGAAGACAGAACAUGGAGGCCCAAAUGAGGGCGGCAGCAGAGAGGAGAAGAAGCGACGCAUUCAGCCAGAAGCUCCUGACCUGCGCCCUACGAUCUAUUCGUCGACGCGAGAAAGCGAAGAUGAGACCGAGAGAGAAGGCGGCAAAGGCGAAACGUGGAAGGGGAAGAAAAGAGACACUUUAGGAGAGGACAAGAAAGUGGCUAAAAAGUCACAAAGGUGCAAUCCUCGACGCGCGUGUAGAGAAGGACAAGGACUGACUCCCUGUGGAGUCGAGUGGACCCGCCAGCUGAUCGCCGUUGCCAAAGAGCAAGCAACUCAACUCAUUUGGAGAACAAGGGAUUCGCCCUCGAUGCACCGGCUGCUCGUCGUAGUCCCCGAGGCCAAGGCCGGCGUAGGAUUGGGUCUGUUCCUCCAGGGAGACUUGCCGAGUUGCAACUGCCGCCUGUGGCUCGAGACUCUCUUAGAGUACGAAGCCCGGUCGCAGCGAAAGCGAACGAGGAAGGCAGAAGGCGAGGUAAACGGACGGAGACGGCGAGCUGUACAGACAGCUGAAAGAGCGUGCGCGGCCACGAUGGCAGUACCGCAGACAGGGGCCACAGCGGCGCCAGAACAAACGCAAGACCACAGCGUUCACGGAAAAGAAGACGACGACCGGCCCGACGGACGUCGAAGAAGAAGCAUUAGGAGGGAGAAGAGCGGGCGGGACGGUGACAUUCGUGAGGGAAGCACAAGGUGGGUGGCACAGGGAACAGAACGAGAGAGGCCGAAGGAUGCUGGUGGGGAGGUUUGUGAACGAAUGGUCGAGCGAGAAAGGCAGACAACAAAGGACCUUGAAGCGAACGAAGAGAGAGGCACGAGAGCAGAAAAGGGGAAGAAUUCAAGGAAUGCGAGGGCCAGCAGGGAAGGGAAGGCAAGCGACGGAGACGCAAACAUGAGUGCGCGAGAGUACACUGUGACAAAGAAAGGAGUUGAACGGCGAGGAGUUACCCAGCGUUCCUCUGUGGUCCGUGCAAGCAGCAAAGCGAACACCAGGGAGCACAACAAGGAAAGAGACGUGGAGAAGAAGGAGAAGGCAGAUAAAAACACAAAUGCAGAGAGACAGAAGUCCGCUUUCGUUGCACACACGAAGGACAGGGUUGGAGUACGCCGUGGACACGACGAGACGGGUCCAAGAAGGAAGAGGAAAGGAUGCACAGAAGACGAGAACUGGGAGAGAAAGUCGGACGAACCGACUCAAGAAAGAGACAUGAAACCAAUUGCACAGCUGCCCUGUGGCUGCGGCGAAGACGGAGAGUGCGGGGGGUUCCGUGUCCUCUGUUUUCGUGGAGAUGUCGUCCUCUCUGCUUACAACGAUUGCCGGAGAAAAAGUCUUUCGGCUCUCGCGCCUCUCUGUGCAGCCGAGACAGACUUCAUCUACUCUCCAGAGGAGAACCCUGGUACGCGUUCUGAGUAUGUGGUGGAUCUUGUUUCCGGUAGGUCAGUACCAGAGGAGACAAUCUUUUCAAGGGCGCACGAACUGUAUCCUUCCUUUUUCCGUUUCAAAGGUGCUUGCGUCUUCUUUUUGCGUCGCCGACGAGGCAGCUAGACAGAACGAAGUCGGGACGGCACCCGCAACUUUUGCUCUGUUUAACUCUGCUUUCUUAGAUCAGCACCUGGGGUGUAUAGAGCUCACUUUUGACGUUUUCCAAUUCUUGCGUAUGCCUGUUUCCACCUUGACCACCCUGAUGGCCUUACCGCGUUUUUGUGCUGGUUUUCGUCCACAGUCAGGCGCCGGCGGGCUUCAACAGAGGGGGGACGGACAUUCGAGCCCUUUGCAUGCUUGGACGUGGUUUAUGUUGGCUCUUUUCUCGGAAGACCAUUUUCGCGUUUGCUGCUUUUGCUCUUUGGCUGCAACCCUAUCCUCAAGUUCUCGUGAGUCGCCUUUUCAGCUGGAGUGUGGCGAUAGGCCAACUCGCCAGCCUGGAAGACUUGCAGACUGGUUCGCGUGCGUGCAGAUUUUCUGACCUGGUUCGGGUUUUCUUCUCUCAGGAAUUGAGCCCGCAAGUCACCUGAGUCCGGCCUUCACGCUGGCGUCUCUCGACAUCCCGUUUAGUUUCCAACUGCAGGCGGACGGCUACUUGAAGACCGAUCUUGCCGACGAAGUCAAGGCUAUUUUCGGGAACCACUACUGCGCCCGGCACUGCCACGGAUUCUUCGAUAUCAACCGCGAUAGCAUUCCCUGCAUUGUGGUGAGUGGCGCGAAGCUAUCGGGACGGAGCAGCCUUCUGUCCGAGUUUAGGUUUCUGCCUCACCCGAGCGAAGAAGCCGCUCUUAACCGGUAGACCAACCGGUAGACCCUGGGUUCGAUUCCCAGGCAACGCAACUUCAAGUUUAUAAAACGCAAAGACAAACGAACUUGAUAAGGUUCGAACAGCGCGUAUCGAUGGCAGAGAAACACAGUCGCUUUUAAAGAAAAAAAAGAUUUUCUUCUUUGUCAUUGUGCUACGCUUGCCACGACCGUUUCUCUAGACCGCUAAAGAGAAGGAAACAGAUCGACUAGGCGUCCUCUCUUCAAGGAGCAGUGCCUGUAGCAUCCCAGAAAUUAUUCCGACGGUAGUACAUAUUUGAGGAAGGUAAUGGCUAUAUUCAGUAGAUGUAAAACGAAACCAGGCAUCUAUCAGUUCCCUUGCUGCAGCCGCGACUGUUCCACGAGGACCGUGGCCGUGACCGAGAAGCAAUCGGAGUGAAUAGAACGGGUUUCUCUUUGCUUUCUUUGUGUACUAAUUAGACAAGACCGGGACGAAAGCUGUCGCGAGGUCCCUUCGGCGUGUUCUAUGGAUGGCGGGGAAUGCGAAGUUUCCCUUGCGCACACGUUGGGUGCGCUCACAUUUGUUCCCGCACCUGCAGCUGCUAUGAAGAAGAGGCUCUCUGGAGGAUUUGCUGGAGGAAACACCAGCGUCUACCUUUACCAGAGACCCCGCUGGAACUGCAGAAAAGCGGAGAGCCCGAAAAGAAGUGAAACUCCGGGAGAAAAAAACGCUGGAACAACAGCUUCUCUGGGGACACGUCGAGACGCAGGAAGGAUCAAUAAUGUCCCUUUCUUCUCGGAGAAGCACACACUUUCAGAAGUCCUCGUUUUUUGGAGGUCGUCGCUCACAUUUCGAAGUCCUCAUUUUGCUCUAGUACACACAGACGGUCAUUGUGCCAAAUGGCGCUUUGCUUAAUUUGAGAGAACGCGCAUGUACGUACUACCUGUGUGCUCUGAGAUUCUCUCUGGGCGCAUGAGGGACGUAGUGUCCAUGACAUUUUUGAAUGCGUUUUUAUGAUAAAAGGCUUUUAUUUUGUCCGCGAACCUCGUGGCCACGAAGGCAAUUUGGGCAUAGCACUUUCUUAGAUGUCCUUAUCUAGGUACGCGAGUGACUGUAUUUGUCUUGGAGUAUUAUCCGUGUUAAUCUAUUGGCGAAUGAACAGACUCAGCCAACCGAAUAUGUGUCGUCCCGAUAAAAGCCG